AUGGGUAAAGGCCAAAAUCCCAUGCCUCAUACUUCCUUAACAAUUCCAGCUGCUCCGACGAACGAUGAUCCGAUCAUCCCUCAAGUCUUUGCCAUUUCUGGAGAAAACAACAACACCCAGAAUCUUGCCUGCAGACGUGAUUUUGAGCUCUCUGUUGGUGCAAGAAACAAGACGGUGUUCCUCAAAGGCACAUUACCAGAACCUCCGAUUGAAGAUCCCCUUCACCACCAUUGGUUCCGCUGCAAUCAAAUGGUGAUGUCUUGGAUACUUCAUUCCGUUACUCCUAAAAUCAAGAGCAGUAUAAUGUUUCUUGACACUUCAGCUGCAAUGUGGACUGAACUUCAUGCCUGUUUCGAUCAAGGUAAUGGCCCUAGAACUUUUGAACUAAGAGAAACUCUCAUCACUCUUCGACAAGGUGAUGACUCUGUUAGUUCUAAUUUUACAAAAUUAAAGUGUAUGUGGAAUGAAAUUCAGGAAUUAAGACCUAGGAUCCCUUGUACUUGUGCUGCCUCAAUUGAUAACCUAGCUUUCUUGAAUCAAGAACAGGUCCUUCAAUUUCUUACAGGGUUAAAUGAAUCCUUCUUCCCCGUUUGUGCACAAAUACUCCUUAUUGAUCCUUUUCCUUCUUUUUCCAAAGUCUUCUCCAUGGUUAUCCAUGAAGAACGACAAAGAAAGCUUAAAAAUCCUAAUUUUCCUUUUCUUGUAUCUGUCCAAGAAUCCACUCAAACCCCUGCAACUAUUGCCCAAAACCCUUUUGCCUCAGCAGCUUCUACUAAUCCUCGUCCCAACAAAAAGAUGAGACCUUACUGUUCUAAUUGUCACAAACCAGGACACUUAUAA